AUGCCUUCCUCUCCCUAUCUCGCAAAACUUGGGACCAACUAUGUGCCCAAGGAUGACGAGCUCGAGCACCUAGCCGUGGUCAUUUCCAAGCUUGGAUCGGAUUUGCAAUCGCUAGCUGUCGAUGGUGGAGAUUUGGAUACACAAGAAAGCUAUCAGCAACAAUUUGAAGCCAACAGGGCGCUUAUGUCGCCUCUUCGUCGAAUGCCCCUCGACAUAAUACAAGAAAUAUUCGCUUGGUGCCUACCCAUGGACGAAAACUACCGUAUGAACGUGGAUGCCGCGCCCCUCUUGCUGGGACGCAUAUGCAGCUCUUGGCGCGAAAUCGCCUACAGCACGCCCCUUUUGUGGUCAAAGCUUCACGUCGAAGAGCCUGAGACGUAUUCUUAUGGCGGGAGAAAAAUUCAACCCACCAAGCCACUUCUGGCCAAGCUGCGUGGCCGCCGGGAGGCAACUACAGAGUGGCUUAUGCGGUCCGGUUCAUGCCCUUUGUCGAUUUCUUUUGCGUGCAGGGAGCAGUUCGCAGACUUCGAACGGUCCAUCCUCCCAGCCCUUGUUCCAUUUACAUCGCGUUGGGAGCAUAUCUCGAUUACAGCCACCACAGAGAUCCUUCCUCACAUCGCUCAUAUCACUGCGGAAGAGGUACCUCUAUUGAAGUCUUUGCAUCUUGUUGAAAUAUUCGCAAACAACCGCCUUGGCCUCGUUGAACGACCCUGGGAGCUCUUGGCAGCACCGAACUUAACGACCCUUCGCAUGUUGAUGCACUUCUUCGAUGAAUCGCUCUUCACUGUCCAGUGGGCGAACCUGGUCAAUCUUGAAAUCAGCCUGGUUCCCACAAGUCAAUUUGACACCCCAAGCAGCCAACGAGCCUUUGACGUCGCUGCUCGCUGUCCCAAUCUCCGCGUUUACACGAUCACGCUACAAAAUUUCGAUGAUUUUACUCCGCCAGACUCGGUGCUCGAACUUGCGUACCUCCAUACUUUCCAUGUCUUGAGUGUCGGCGGGCUCCAUUCAUGCGUAAAAGACCUGCUCGCUGGCCGUCUGCUCCUUCCGAAACUGCGCGACCUCCGCUGGCAUGGAAAAGCUCCCUGGCAAAUGCCACUCGACCUGUCGUACAAGCCAUUUUGCUCCGCUGCUCGAUAUAUCGAGGUCAUCGACAUAAGCUUCGAUCUCUUCACCAAAGACACGUUAGCCGAGUUCUUCGGACUCAUUUCACGCACCUUGCGCAAAGUAAAAAUGUGGCCCGCCCAUAAUAUGGGCCCUGAGGGCUCUGAGGUCGUCUUUGAUGACGACAUUUUGCAUAUGCUCAGCUCGGUCGUCGAUUACCCAUCUCUGGAAGACCUUGAUAUCUCUUUUGGUGCUUUCUCUGAACAGGCACUACUCGAUUUCGUUGCCGUUCGAAUGAAAGCGCAGAAGCUCAAGCAUGUUGCUGUGACGUUCCGCGACCCGAAGACGUUGGAUGUUUAUCCCAUGCUGCGGCCGUUCCUCGACGUGGGCUUGCAUGCAACGGUCGGAUACCGUCCGGCUGACGAUGAUGACGACGAUGACCUCUAG